AUGCGCGUCUUUCUCAUCAAGACGGCAAAGGGCCUUUUCUCCUCUUCGGGUGGGUACAAGGCCAAUAACGCACUACUGCGCUACCUCUCGUCUAGAGGCCACUGUGUCCGCCAGCUAUGCUACUCUUACCGUGGCGAGGUGGAGAGCUAUAUGGACAGUGGCGAUGAGGUUGAUUCACGACUGCGUACUCGAGUUUUGCACAUGAGGUCGGAGAGCGACAAGCCCGGACAAGAUGUGCAAGUUCACGAGCUGUGUAUAGAAGAUGGUGUUGAGACCCUGGCGCUUGACAGCGAGGCUUUUGACGCUGCAUUUGGGGGCAAGGUCGACUCAUCGAACCAAAUGGCUAGGAUGUCAGCCGCGUAUAUCGAGAAUGGAACUUCGCCAGGACCGCUUAAGGAUUUCAUCUCUUUCCUCCAAGAAGAGAUCAGACGUUUUUCUCCAACACACAUCAUCUCCAACGACUGUCCAUCCAUGAAAGCUAGUCUCGCACCAGAGCUAGCUCAUCUAACCAUGUCUCGCAUAGCAGUCGUGCACACAGCCGAGCAACUCCCUUUCGGUCCCUUUGCCGGUGGCUUGCCUGGACAUUCGAGCACAACGCGCGAAGCAGAUCUUUUCCAACAGCUCGAUGGGAUCUGGAGCGUGUCUGAGACGAUACGCAAGUAUGCGCUUGAGCACGGCCGGCUGCAGACGCGCUUCUUGGUACAUCAUCCCUGGACUUAUCUGGUCGGGAAAGAUCAUACCAUCCCAGAUCAGGUCUUUAACUGGGACAAGAAGUUUGUUGGUAUGAUUAAUCCCUGCCCGGUCAAAGGUGGAAGUAUAUUGGUGGAUCUGGCAAGAGAGUGUCCGCAGUUGGAGUUUCUCACCUACAUGAGUUGGGGCGCCGAUGAUGCGACUGCGAAGAAUAUGGAAAACUUGUCUAACAUGACUGUCCGUCCGUGCUGCGCGGUAGAUAAAGAUCUCUGGCGCGAUAUCAAAGUCCUUAUCGUUCCAUCGCUAUGGUGUGAGGCCUGGGGCAUGGUGGUGGUAGAAGCUCACCUCCGGGGCAUUCCAGUUGUGUCAUCGAAUGCAGGUGCGCUAUCCGAGUCGAUGCUUGGGCUGGAUUAUAUCAUCCCAGUGACUCCUAUCACUGGACAGCGAGACGAGUCGGGGCGAUACACUAUACCCGGGCAGGAUGUAGCGCCAUGGGUUAAAGUUAUCACCAAGCUCAUGCAGGAUCGGUCGGAGUAUGAGAGGGUCUCGACCACUGUACGGAACGAAACGAUUACAUGGUUGAAAAGCAACAGUGAGGCGGAUAUCGAGACAUGGUUGAUGGGUAUGAGGACAGAGUCGGAGAUUUAA